AUGGCUGCAGCUAUAUCCACCAUUGCGGAAAGCAGGGAGCUCAGGGGCCUAAACCUGGUCGCUGCGCACUCCCACAUCAGAGGCCUUGGAGUUGAUGCUGACACUCUCGAACCCCGUCAUUCUUCUCAGGGCCUUGUCGGGCAGGAGAAAGCCCGAAAAGCGGCGGCAGUCAUUUUACAGAUGGUCAAAGAUGGAAAGAUUGCAGGUCGCGCGGUUCUAAUUGCAGGACCUCCUAGCACUGGGAAGACGGCAAUUGCGAUGGGAAUGGCACAGGCUCUGGGGCCUGACGUUCCCUUUACCAUGGUCGCAUCGUCAGAGAUCUUCUCAUUGGAAAUGUCAAAAACGGAAGCGCUUACUCAGGCAUUUCGCAAGUCUAUUGGAGUCAGAAUAAAGGAGGAAAGCGAGAUAAUAGAAGGAGAAGUUGUGGAAAUUCAAAUAGACCGGGCUUUAACUGGGGGUAAUAAACAAGGCAAACUUACAAUAAAAACCACCGAUAUGGAGACGAUCUACGACAUGGGUACGAAAAUGAUUGAUUCAAUGACAAAGGAACGUGUUGUUGCUGGAGAUGUAAUUUCCAUCGAUAAGGCCUCCGGCAAAAUCACCAAGCUGGGCCGCUCCUAUGCCAGGUCCCGCGAUUACGAUGCGAUGGGAGCAGAUACGAAAUUCGUCCAAUGUCCGGACGGAGAACUACAAGUCCGGAAGGAGAUAGUACACACUGUCAGUCUCCACGAGAUUGACGUGAUUAAUUCGAGGACACAAGGGUUUUUGGCAUUAUUCUCGGGGGAUACGGGCGAGAUCAGGAGCGAGGUGCGGGAUCAGAUCAAUACUAAAGUCGGCGAAUGGAAGGAGGAAGGGAAGGCGGAAAUUAUUCCCGGCGUAUUGUUCAUCGAUGAAGUCCAUAUGCUUGAUAUUGAAUGUUUCUCCUACAUUAACCGAGCUUUGGAAGCUGAGUUAGCCCCAAUCGUUAUCAUGGCGAGCAAUCGUGGAAAUGCAAGGAUACGCGGCACAUCAUAUCGGUCUCCGCACGGAUUACCUCUCGAUUUUCUUGACAGAGUCGUCAUUGUCAGCACACAGCCAUAUACCAAAGAUGAGAUCCAGCAAAUUUUAGCAGUCCGAGCCCAUGAGGAGGAGAUUGACUUAACCCCUGAUGCGCUUGCGCUAUUGACCAAGAUUGGACAGGAAUCAGGCUUGCGAUAUGCUAGUAAUAUUAUCGCGACUUCCAAAUUACUAAGCCAGAAGCGCAAGUCAAAGGAGGUUGGGCUCGAAGACGUACAGCGAAGUUUCCACCUCUUCCUUGAUCCACUGAGAAGUGUCAAGUUCGUGAACGAGUUUGAGAAGCGGUUUAUCGGCGAAGAAGGGGACGUUACUUUUACGUAUUCUAAUGGUGAUGCCAUGGAGAUAUCUUAG